AUGACAAAGUACGGCCGCGCCAAUAAAUAUGGCGAAGAUGAUUCUUCCUUUGCCGUUUUCCGUCUUCACGUUCCCCGAGCCAAUCUCACCACGAGCGCCGAACGCACUGGCGCGAGACUUGUGAAUCUUUGGGAGCGAAAUAAGAAAGGAGGAAUGGUCUUGCAGAACAGCUUCAUACCACACCUGCCUGCACGGCUGUCCCGGAGUGCCUGCCUUCGCGACUGCACUGCACUCUUCUGCUCCGCUUGGAAUGAGUAUCGUCGUGGCAAACCUGUGGAGACCUUGCUGGACACUCCGUUGUAUGGCAAGGCUCUCCGUAGCCUGCAACAUGCAUUUCAGGGAGACGAGGUGUAUACAGUAGAGACAUUGGGGGCUAUGGUUCUCCUCGAACGUGCCUACACCACGUUCGGCAACUUGACACCGGGGAGUGUCAAGGGCCAUCACCGAGCAAUUGAAACCGUGCUCAGGAAGAAACCCCCCCUGAAUUUCGAGGACGACCUGGAGGUGGCACUCGCGUUUGAGAACUCCAACAUUCUUCAUAGCGCAUCCCUGACUGGGAGUAGUAACUACAUAUCCGACGACAGAUGGAGAGAAUUGCUCACCAAAGUAACACUUGAUUCAAUGGCUGAAGAAGAGAUGCAGCCCUUUGGGGACGAGUCUCUGUACACCAUAGACCUGUUGAAUACGUUGAUAGAGUCCGCCCAUUGGAUCUCCCAGCUCCGCGCCAAUCCCCAUGAAAGUCGGGAUCUUAGAGACAUGGCCUCGAAAAAGUUACGAGCGCAUUCAACCAGGAUGGAAUCAAUGUGUCUAGAAUGCACUACAAAAGCAUUUAAUAUGGGAUCUCUGCGAGAAGUGCCAGAUGAGGAUUCCAUCACUGGCUUCAGGUACGAAAGCACCACCGUCAAGUUUGCACAGGUUUAUGCUAGCAUGCUCAACUUCCAAAUCAUUCUCUGCCGGAUGGUAUACGAGCUUGAAGUCAUCGAUGGGAAUGCUGGAGAAGACGAAUAUGCGGCUUACAGGGCAGGUUGCACUCAACUGUGGAAUUUCGUUCCAUAUCUUUCAAGAGUAGACACCAUUGCAGCGCUUCAUAUGAUCGGGGUCAUUCUGCCCUCCCUAGAAGCCGCGAACGAUAUCGAAAUGGAAUAUAUUGUAGACGAGUGCUACAAGGCGGAUGAAUAUUCCAAGCGACUGCCGAGGGAUCGAGAGACACUGCUAGCGAAGUCAAUUUUGUUGGCAAAGUCCAGAACAGGCCGUCUCUGA